CUUCCAUCCUUUACACAGCAGUUGUACGUGGUAAAGUGGCUCUUCCAUGUGAUAUCUCCUCCCCCUCCACUGAUGACUCCGCAGCUCUGAUCCUCUGGUAUAAAGAUGAUUCUGCUCAGCCUAUUUACACCUUGGACUCCCGCCAGGGUAACGCGGACCAAGCCCGCCAGUCCUCCGGUCCUCAGCUGGAGAACCGAGCUUAUUUUAACAUGAUCAACAGACCUGCUUUCUUACAGCUGGAUCCAGUGAAGGAAGAGGACGCUGGAGAAUACAGGUGUCGAGUAGACUUCCAUAAGGCCAGGACUGUUAACACCGUCAUUACUUUAAAAGUUAUAGUUCCUCCGAAAGAACCUGUAAUCACCAACGAACAAGGUCGGCAUCUUAAAGGCUUGAUAGGACCUUUUAACGAGGGACAAUCUCUGAAUUUAAUCUGCCACGUCAGCGGUGGUAAACCUCGCCCGUCGGUGACUUGGUGGCGAGAGUAUAGUAUUCUAGACGAUGAUUACGCUUUUACACCGGAGGAUGUGGUGAAAAACCAGUUGAAAAUUACUGAGUUGAAACGUCACGAUUUAUUGGCAAUUCUCACGUGCCAGGCUUCGAAUAACAAUAUCACAGUACCAUCGUCAAGUGCAGUGACGCUCGAUCUAAAUUUAAAACCAGUGGAAAUUAAAAUUCACCCUUAUCAACGACCCCUGCCGGCAGACAAAGAAGUCGAUUUGACAUGUUCUUCCAACGGUUCUCGUCCAGCAGCAAAGAUUACUUGGUGGAAAGACGAUAAACAGAUGCAACAUACCAGAGAGAGCGUAAAUCGCGCGGGGGUCAGUACAAGUAUAUUGACGUUUGUGCCAUCUGUUGAGGACAAUGGAAAGCAUUUAAACUGCAAAGCAGAAAAUCCUCAAAUUCCGGAUUACAUUAUAGAAGACAGUUGGAAAUUAGAGAUUUUCUUUCCUCCUCAAGUGACCCUUCACCUCAGAAUAAAUCCUGCGUCCGAAGAGACUCAAGAAGGAAAUGACGUAUACUUAGACUGUAGCAUCCAGGCGACUCCUUGGGUUCAUUCUAUCAGUUGGCAGUUCGAAGGACAAGAAUUAACAAACAAUUUUACCCCUGCAGUCAACAUUAAUAACCAAACACUCGUUCUACGGCGCGUCCAGCGUUCUCAUAGAGGCUACUUUACCUGUUCAGCAAGCAACACUGAAGGGUUGGGUAUUAGCAACAAAAUUUUCAUUGAUGUUAAAUACGCUCCUCAGUGUCAGUUAGGACAAAAAACAACCUACGGAGUCGCGAUACGAGAGACCGUCGCUGUAUCAUGUAACCUAGAUGCCGAUCCGGAUGACGUCACUUUCAGCUGGUUGUUUAAUAGUUCCACUAAACAGUCAAGUCAAAUACAAUACAGCAACAACAAAACCCAGAGCGUCGCUACCUUCACACCAGAGACGCACGACGACUACGGGUCAUUACUGUGCUGGGGUACAAAUGACAUUGGUAUACAACGGAAACCAUGUAUUUUCACUGUAGUUCCUGCCGGUCCUCCAGAGGUCUCCGUACAAUUGCUCAGUUUUGAAUCAGACGGAAAGUCUGAUAUACUUAGAAUGUGUGGAAGGGAACAACGGAGGACUGAGUGCAGAUUUCAUUCUAGAGGUGUUCAGUGUGGGCCAUGGCAAGUUGCAGGCCAAUAUAACGUCCCCGAUACCCAUGUUUAUUGUGAGAGGACUUCCCGCAGGAACUGCCCUAAGACUUCUUGUGUUUGCUGCUAAUUCAAAAGGUCGCAGUGAACCAGUAAUCAUAUCAGCCACAACACUCAGACCAGCAGAAAAACUCAUGGAUAAGAGUCACCCUCAGAACCACGUAAUAAUUCGACCGUUGUUCACCAUACUCAUUGCUAUCGUGGCUACUCUUGUCCUCAUAACCGUUGUUGUUGUAAUAGUCUUGAAAGUGAAGAAUAGAAAACAACAGUC